UUUCAGUCAGCUGCGUGUGCUCGUUUUGUAAUUUUUGUUUCUUUGUAUAAGUGCCCCAUUUUCGAUUCGAACGAAAGCGGUCAAGCAUUCAUUGACAUUAUCACCAUGAAAUUAUUGGUUGUCGCUCUUUUGGCCGGUUUGGCGCUUUGCCACGGUGCCACCAAAGAGGAAAUCAUUGCCACCGAAUACUUGGAAAACAUCAACAAGGAAUUGGCCCAACACACCAAUGUCGAAACAGAGGCCUCUUGGGCCUAUGCCUCCAACAUUACCGAUGAGAAUGAGCGCGUCCGCAAUGAAAUCUCUGCUGAGAAUGCCAAAUUCUUGAAAGAAGUUGCCAAGGAUAUUACGAAAUUCAAUUGGCGCACCUAUGGUUCCGCUGAUGUCAGACGUCAAUUCAAGACUUUGUCCAAGACUGGCUAUUCCGCUUUGCCCGCCGAAGAUUAUGCCGAGCUUUUGGAAGUCUUGUCUGCCAUGGAAUCGAACUUUGCCAAAGUACGCGUUUGCGAUUACAAGAAUUCGGCCAAGUGUGAUUUGUCUUUGGAUCCUGAAAUUGAAGAAAUCAUUACCAAGAGCCGUGAUCCCGAGGAAUUGAAAUACUAUUGGACUCAAUUUUACGAUAAGGCUGGCACUCCCACACGUUCGAAUUUUGAGCGUUAUGUGGAAUUGAAUGGCAAAUCCGCUAAAUUGAAUAACUUCACCGAUGGUGCCGAAGUUUGGUUGGAUGAAUAUGAGGAUUCCACUUUCGAGGAACAAUUGGAAGCCAUCUUUGAGGAUAUUAAGCCUUUGUACGAACAAGUUCAUGGUUAUGUUCGUUAUCGUUUAAACAAAUUCUAUGGUGAUGAUGUGGUGUCCAAAACCGGUCCCUUGCCCAUGCAUUUGUUGGGUAACAUGUGGGCCCAACAAUGGUCCAGCAUUGCUGAUAUCGUUUCUCCCUUCCCCGAAAAGCCUUUGGUAGAUGUUAGCGAUGAAAUGGCAGCCCAGGGCUACACUCCCUUGAAAAUGUUCGAAAUGGGUGAUGAUUUCUUCCAGUCCAUGGGUUUGAAGAAAUUGCCUCAAGAAUUCUGGGAUAAAAGUAUCUUGGAGAAACCUACCGAUGGCCGUGAUUUGGUUUGCCAUGCUUCCGCCUGGGAUUUCUAUUUGACCGAUGAUGUUCGCAUUAAGCAAUGUACCCGUGUCACCCAAGACCAAUUCUUCACUGUCCACCAUGAAUUGGGUCACAUUCAAUAUUUCUUGCAGUACCAACAUCAACCCUUCGUUUAUCGCACUGGUGCCAAUCCUGGCUUCCAUGAGGCCGUUGGUGAUGUCUUGUCCUUGUCUGUCUCCACCCCCAAGCAUUUGGAGCGUGUGGGUCUCUUGAAGAACUAUGUGAGCGAUAAUGAGGCGCGCAUCAAUCAAUUGUUCUUGACUGCUUUGGAUAAAAUUGUCUUCUUGCCUUUUGCCUUCACCAUGGACAAAUACCGUUGGGCCUUGUUCCGUGGUCAAGUGGACAAAUCCGAAUGGAACUGUGCCUUCUGGAAAUUGCGUGAAGAAUAUUCCGGCAUUGAACCUCCAGUAGUUCGUACCGAAAAGGACUUUGAUGCUCCUGCCAAGUACCAUGUCUCUGCCGAUGUUGAAUAUUUGAGAUAUUUGGUUUCCUUCAUCAUUCAAUUCCAAUUCUAUAAAUCCGCUUGCAUCACCGCCAACGAAUAUGUGCCCUACAAUCCUGAAUAUCCUUUGGAUAAUUGUGAUAUCUAUGGCAGCAAGGAAGCUGGCAAAUUAUUCGAAAAAAUGUUGUCCAUGGGUGCCUCCAAACCCUGGCCCGAUGCAUUGGAAGCGUUCAAUGGUGAACGCACCAUGACUGGUAAGGCUAUUGCUGAGUACUUCGAACCCCUGCGUGUCUGGCUGGAACAAGAGAAUGCGAAGAAUAAUGUUGUCAUUGGCUGGACUAAAUCAGACAAAUGCGUUUCAGCCUAAGCCAAAUCACUUAAUGUUGCUCUUAAGAUCUUUAAAAAAAUAUGUUUUUUUUUUGUUAAAUAAUUUAAAAAAGAAGACAGUAUUAAAAUAAAUUAAAUUAAAAAUUCAA